AUGCUCGCCCCAGCCGCCAUCGGCUCUCGGGCCAGAUCCAUAUCCCUACACCGUCGUCGCAAGCAGGCGGCGGAAGACCCCGCAGGCGCAGUAGCAGCACUCGCCGCCGCCGUGGCAGCGCCCAUGAUGACGAAAUUCGACCGCCCUGCUUCUGCCGUCGCAACCGAAAAUGACCUGCACGCUCAAAAAGAAGCAGUCGGCCGCGACGAAUCUGGACCCCGGAAGACCCCUCUUCACCACCACGUUUCUUGCGCCGCAAUUACCCCGCCGGCGAGCCCUCCCGUGCCAAGACCCGACCAGCAAGAACAGGAAGAACAUCUUAACCCGGACUUUUCUGCGACCGUGACGACAACCACGACGGCGCACAGCCAGAGCGGCGACGACACAUGCUCGCUCGCGCAUGAUAGCAUCACUAACAGCGCGCGACAAGAGUACAUGGACAGCCUGGUCCCGCCGUCCCGCGACGAGUUUGACAAGAUCGCAGAGGUGCAACGCACCAAGGAGGAGGAAAUCAAGCGCAGUCGCAGCAAGAGGAGAUCGAUGCAGAGCCAAAUCUCCGUAGAAGGUGGGGUUGGAGAGGUCGAGGCGCCGCUGCAGUCGCCCGCAUCGAGGGGGAGGGGAAGGAGUAGCAGCGAUGCGAUGAACAACGCUGCGACAAUGAUCCAACGCAACUAUCGUGGCUACCGCGUGAGACGAGAGAUGCAGGGUUUGGGCUUGGAUGCCUCGACGAGGUGGUCGUCCGCCAUUGAGGAGGCGCGGUUCCGCCAGCUGAACAGGCCGAGAGCAAAGAGCUCCGCGGCCUUGUCUGUGAGCGGAGACCAGCACAGCGUUCUUUCGAGAGACUCUGAUGGCGGUAUGCGCUCGGCGACGGCGCGGGAUAACUGGAGGAAGGCGGCGACGAUUGCGCGCCGUGCAGGGCACGAUGACGCUGAGACGGACUCCGAAACGUCGUCCUCCUCGGAUGACUCUGAGGAGUCGCCUGAGCAGAGGGCUGAACGGCGACGGCGCCGCGAAGAGGCCAACGGGAAGCGGAAGAAGGACUCCAAGAUGAUGGGCCUGCAGUACUUUCUCGAGAUGGUCGACCUCAAGCACCGCUACGGGAGCAACCUGCGAGUGUACCACGAGGAGUGGAAGAAGUCGGACACUAACGAGAACUUCUUCUACUGGCUUGACUACGGUGGCGGCAAGAACAUCGAGAUGGAGGCGUGUCCUCGUGAUCGGCUUGAGAGGGAGCAGGUGCGGUAUUUAUCACGAGAAGAGAGACAGUAUUACCUCGUAGAAGUCGACCAGGAGGGACGUCUCUGCUGGGCGAAGAAUGGCGCCCGGAUCGACACCACCGAAUCGUACAAGGACAGCGUCCACGGCAUCGUGCCGGCCGACGACCCCACGCCCGCCUGGUCGCAGAGCAACGUCCCGCCCUUGGAGGACCGCGACGUUGACGACAGCCGGUCGGAGUCCUCCGUCGAGUCGGCGCUCGAAGCCGACCGCGCAGCCAAGUACGCCACCCCGGAACUCGACAACGCAACGGGCAUGAAGAAGGUCUCGCACCUCUCCGCGGCCACCGUCUUCAACAAGCUGCUGCGCAAGUCCGUCAAGAAGAACACCUGGAUCUUCGUCGCCGACACCAGCUUCCGGCUCUAUGUCGGCAUCAAGUCCUCGGGCGCCUUCCAGCACUCGAGCUUCCUCCAGGGCAGCCGCAUCUCGGCGGCGGGGCUCAUCAAGAUCAAGAACGGCCGCCUCUCGAGCUUGUCGCCUCUGAGCGGGCACUACCGGCCCCCCGCGUCCAACUUCCGCGCCUUCGUCAAGUCCCUCAAGGAGGCCAACGUCGACACCUCGCACGUGUCCAUCUCCAAGUCGUACGCCGUGCUGGUCGGGCUCGAGGUGUACGUCAAGUCGCGGCAGAAGAGCAAGAAGACGCUCGAGAAGAUGAGCCUGAAGAAGGAGAAGAUCGUCGCGCCCGAGGAGGCGCGGAAGCGCGAGGAGGAGGAGAUGGACAAGAGCGAGAGCGCCGCCAAGGAGCGCAAGGUGCUCGAGAGGGAGGCCGAGGAGAGGGAGGAGAACCGGGCCGCCGUCAAGCUGAUGAGGAAGCUGCACGUCUCGCCCAGCGAGCCGCAUGGCCAGAGAGACGGGGAUCCUGCGGCGAUGGAGCCGCUGGCGGAGGAGAGGACGAGGGAGCAACGGGCUGCUUCUGGCGUUUAG